UGCAAGCUGAACUGAUGACUCACUGAUCAACUCCUACUGUGUCAAGCGUGUGGACUCCAGUAACUGAAGAACAGCAUCUUCUGUAAAUGAAGCAAGCAGCGGUGAACUGAGUCUGGAGCUCGAGUCGAGGUACUGGACCCCCUGCUGAGCUGGAUCUCCCUGUCUUCAUCAUCUGACCGGCAUGAUCCUGAGCGUGGCGCUGAUCUGGGCUGUGCUGGUGGGAUUCUGCUGCCUGCUGUGGCUCGCCGUGGGGACGCGACACAGGAAACCCGAUGAGCCCGCGGUGGAAAACGGCCUCAUCCCCUACCUGGGCUGCGCUUUGCAGUUCGGCGCCAACCCCCUCCAGUUCCUCCGCAGCCGACAGAAGAAGUACGGCCACAUUUUCACCUGCAAGAUUGCGGGCCAGUACAUCCACUUCCUGUGUGACCCCUUCUCCUACCACUCAGUGAUCAGACAGGGGAGACACCUGGACUGGAGGAAGUUCCACUUUGCUACAUCUGUUAAGGCAUUCGGCCACGACAGCUUCGACCCCCGUCAUGGCCACACCACGGAGAACCUCCACCAAACCUUUCUGAAAACCCUACAGGGCGAGGCUCUGCCCUCCCUGAUAGAAACCAUGAUGGGCCACCUGCAGGACGUGAUGCUGCGGUCAGACACGCUGAGUCCGAGCAAGGAGCAGUGGCAGGUGGACGGCAUCUUUGCCUUCUGCUACAAGGUGAUGUUCGAAUCUGGCUACCUGACGCUGUUCGGUAAAGACUUUGGGGACGAUAAGUGUCAGGCCCGGCAGGCGGCCCAGAAGGCCCUGGUGCUCAGCGCCUUGGAGAAUUUCAAAGAGUUCGACAAGAUCUUCCCGGCGUUGGUCGCCGGGCUGCCGAUCCACGUCUUCCUGAGCGCCUACAGCGCCAGAGAGAAUCUAGCUAAGACCAUGCACGCUGAGAACCUUUCCAAGAGGGAGAACGUGUCCGAUCUGAUCUCCAUGAGGAUGAUCCUGAACGAUUCGCUGUCUACCUUCAAUGACGUGAGCAAGGCCAGGACCCACGUGGCUCUGCUCUGGGCGUCACAGGCCAACACCCUCCCCGCCACCUUCUGGAGCCUCUUCUAUAUGAUCAGGAGUCCUGACGCUAUGAAAGCAGCUCGCGAGGAAGUGCAACAAGUUCUGCAGGACUCGGGUCAGGUGGUCGACCCACGCAACCCUCAGCUAAAUCUGACCAGGGAGCAGCUGGACAAACUGUGUGUUCUGGACAGCAUCAUCAAAGAAGCCAUGCGUCUCUCCAGUGCCUCCAUGAAUGUACGCGUUGCUAAGGAGGAUUUCCUCCUUCACCUUGACAACCAGGAGUCCUAUCGCAUAAGAAAAGAUGACGUCAUUGCUUUGUAUCCACCAAUUCUGCACUACGAUCCAGACAUUUAUGAGGAUCCCUAUGAGUACAGGUUCGACCGUUUCCUGGACGACAACAGGCGGGAGAAGACGAUCUUCCACCGCAACGGGCGGCGGCUGCGUUACUUCUACAUGCCCUUUGGCUCUGGCGUCACAAAAUGCCCCGGCCGUUUUUUUGCGGUGUAUGAAAUCAAACAAUUCCUCACUCUGGUACUGUCGUACUUUGACAUGGACCUACUGGAGCCUGCUGUCAAAGCCCCGCCUCUGGACCAGUCCCGUGCUGGACUCGGGAUCCUCCAGCCGACCUAUGAUGUCGACUUUAGGUACAAACUGAAAGCGACGCUCUAAACUGGGGCAGAUUAAUAAAGUACAUGCUAAUGAAGAUGCCAUGGUGUAAAUAGAACAGAAUAGUGCAGUUCACUGCUAGUAAUAUAUAUUAACACCUGCACGUGGAGUCCGGUGGAGUCCUGAACCAGGUAGUGUUGGACCAGACGCUCUCUGCCUCUGCUGGAGCACAUCCUAGGAUGGAACAGGCCACAGCCAAACCUUCAGGGCUAAACACGCUGAUAAAACAGCGGCUCCCUGUAACAUUCUGCAAACACAGAGUUAGGCCCAAAACACAGAGCAGGGCUGAACACGCAAAACGUGACUACGCUCGAAAUCACGACAGCUGCGGGAAUCUCACACAUCUCCUCCUCCGCUCCCCCUUCAAGCAUCAAGGACGACUCUGAUGACAGUGGCGUUUUAGCGUGGUGCUAAACGAUAAGUUGUAGGUUGUUCAAAUAUGUAUUUUUAUAAUGACAAAUACAGGACUAGCUGUGAAGCUAGGCGGUGGAACAGCAGGAUUAGUGUAACAGAGUGAUGUUCAACUCCAGUGUUUGGUUACGGUCAAACAAAAUCCGAGUCAGGCUGCGAUUCCAUUUUUCUGAUUGCACUAUUGUUGUACAGAAACAGUUUUAAAGACAAAGAUCAAAAUAGAAGGAAGAAAAUGAAGUGUUUUCACCCAAAAGAAUUAUGCAAAUAUGUCUCAUUGUAAAUAUGCACAGCUGUUUUACUCGUAUUCUCCUAGGUGCAAGGUGCAAACUAAGGGUUUGUGUGUGUGAGGGACACAUGUACAACCUGAUAAUAAAUCCAUACAUUUG